GUGAUACCUGCAAGUUGUCUCUGAUCACCAUGAGCUCAGUGGCAGGAAAUAAAGAGAGGGGUUCUGUCACCUCCAGGAGCAGAAAAUAUGGGGUCAAUGAGGUUUGCUCGCCCACAAAAUCAUCUGCACCUUUCUCUCCUGAGAGCUGGUAUAGAAAAGCCUAUGAGGAGUCUCGAGCUGGUAGUAGGCCUGCUCCGGAAGGUGCAGGAUCCAUACCGGGUUCAUCUGGUACUCCUUCCCCUGGCUCUGGAACCUCCUCCCCUGGCUCUUUCUCUGGGUCGCCUGGACCUGCAUCCCCUGGAAUUGGAAACAGCUCUCCAGGAUCACUAGGUGGAUCUCCAGGAUUUGGCACAGGAUCUCCUGGCUCUGGUAGUGGUGGAGGAUCUUCUCCGGGGUCUGACAGAGGUGUAUGGUGUGAGAAUUGCAAUGCACGUUUAGUAGAGCUGAAGAGGCAGGCUCUGAAACUGCUGCUGCCAGGACCUCAUUCCAGUAAGGACCCUUCUAUCACUUCUGGCAUACAUGAUAAGUUGCAAGUACCAAACACCAUCCGAAAGUCCUGGAAUGAGAGAGACAACCGCUGUGACAUAUGUGCCACUCAUCUAAACCAGCUGAAACAGGAAGCUAUCCAGAUGGUGACAACCCUAGAACAGUCUGCUAAUGUUGAACACUAUGAUGCUGCUUCACCUGGAUCUCCUUCGGGACAUUCUAAUAUUCCAGCUCUUGUGGGCCCAAGACACAUGGGGAGUCUUCAGCCAAGAGACUGGGUUUAUAUGCCAAACGCUUACACCACACCCAAUUACCCCGGAUUUGUGGCUAGCAAGCACAGCGGAAAACCUAAUAGUCUUGGGAUUGCCAAUGGCCAAGAUAAAAAGAAUGGGUCCCCUUCACAUCAAGCCAAAGUCAGCCUUCAGAUGGCCACGAGCCCAAACAACGGCAACAUCUUAAAUUCAGUAGCCAUGCAAGCUCAUCAGUAUCUCGAUGGUUCUUGGUCUUUGUCAAGAACUAAUGGUGUGACCCUCUACCCUUACCAAAUCUCCCAACUGAUGACUGAGACUGCCCGCGAGGGGCUAACAGAGGCAGCAUUGAACCGCUACAACGCUGAUAAACCUUCCAUAUACAGUUUUCCUGCAUCAAACACAACAUACGUUACAAGCGAAACAUCCACCGCAACUUCAGUGGCUGCAUCAUUUUUUGCCAGGGCGGCUCAGAAAUUAAAUUUGUCCUCCAAAAAGAAGAAGCAGAGGACAACGCCUUCAUUAGUGUCCGAACCUCCACUUUUCCCAACCAAUUUCUGUGGCAUUCUGCAGACUUGUCCUCCACCUGCACCACCAUGUCUGCUAAGAGCAGUCAACAAAGUAAAAGAUACUCCUGGAUUAGGGAAGGUAAAGGUUAUGGUGCGUAUUUGCUCCACACUUGUGGGAGAGCCAACAGAGUCCAGCUCUUUCUUGAAAGCCGACCAAAGAAAGAAACAAAUUACAUUGUACGACCCAUUGUCUUGUGGAGGACAGAAUGCAUUACAAAAGAGAGGAACUCAGAUACCACCUAAAAUGUUCGCAUUUGAUGCCGUAUUCCCUCAAGAUGCUUCACAGGCUGAGGUGUGCGCCGGAACAGUGGCUGAAGUCAUCCAGUCUGUAGUGAAUGGAGCCGACGGAUGUGUGUUCUGCUUUGGUCAUUCAAAGCUUGGGAAGUCGUAUACUAUGAUUGGCAAAGAUGACUCCAUGCAGAAUCUUGGCAUCAUCCCUUGUGCUAUUUCCUGGCUCUUUAAGCUGAUUAAUGAACGAAAGGAAAAGACUGGAGCUCGGUUCUCGGUCAGAGUAUCAGCUGUGGAAGUGUGGGGGAAGGAAGAGAACCUGAGAGACCUGCUGUCAGAAGUGGCUACAGGAAGUCUGCAAGAUGGUCAGUCACCAGGGGUCUAUCUGUGUGAGGACCCUAUAUGUGGAAUGCAGCUGCAGAACCAGAGUGAGUUAAGGGCCCCCACGGCUGAGAAAGCUGCAUUUUUCCUGGAUGCAGCCAUUGCCUCACGGAAAAGUAGUCAAAGGGACUGUGAUGAAGAUGACCACAGAAAUUCUCACAUGCUAUUUACUUUGCACAUUUAUCAGUAUCGGAUGGAAAAGAGUGGAAAAGGAGGAAUGUCAGGAGGCCGCAGUCGAUUGCAUCUUAUUGAUUUGGGAAGUUGCGUGAAAGUGCAGAGCAAGAAUAGAGAUGGAAACACAAGCUUGUGUCUCUCAUUGUCAGCUCUGGGCAAUGUCAUUCUAGCACUGGUCAACGGCAGCAAGCACAUACCUUACAAAGAGAGCAAGCUCACAAUGCUUCUUCGGGAGUCCUUGGGGAACAUGAACUGCCGCACAACAAUGAUAGCUCACAUUUCAGCUGCUGCAGGAAACUACGCUGAGACGCUGUCCACUAUCCAGAUUGCUUCCCGGGUGUUGAGGAUGAAGAAAAAGAAAACCAAGUACACUUCAAGUUCAUCUGGAGGAGAGAGUUCCUGUGAAGAAGGCCGAAUGCGUAGACCAACUCAGUUGAGACCAUUCCAUUCAAAAAAUGUAGUUGAUCCUGAUUUCCCCCUGCUUAGUUUAUCCAGUGACCCAGAUUACUCAUCAAGCAGUGAGCAGUCAUGUGAUACAGUUAUUUAUGUUGGCCCCAAUGGAACAGCUUUAUCUGACAAGGAGCUCACAGAUAAUGAGGGACCACCAGACUUUGUUCCAAUAGUUCCAGUUUUGCAGAAGACAAAGAAUGAGGCAAAGGUAGAAGAAGUACAAGAAGUAGCUCCUGGCAAGGCUGAAAGGGAUUGUUUAAAGUGCAAUACUUUUGCAGAACUGCAGGAAAGAUUGGACUGCAUUGAUGGUAGUGAGGAAACAAAUCACUUUCCUUUUGAAGAGGUUCCUGCACAGUACAGUGGAGAGCAAACAACCAAAGGUUUGUGUUCAGUGGCUCAACCAAAAAACCUAACAGAUCCAAGUAUAGAAGAAAGCAUUUGUGAAAAUAUACAGUCUGACAAGGAGGUGAGAGAAAAUAAUACUGGAACAAUAUACAAAAUUCAACGAAACCACUCACCCAUUCCUUCUGGGCAUGUCACCGACACUUCUACACCGUUGUCUCCCAGGAGUGUUACAGGUAGUUGUGCAUUGCACAGUGGGCAAUCCCAGACAGCACAAAAUUCCAGCUUGCAGGGAAGCAGAGAAAGCCUCAACAGUUGUGGAUUUGUAGAAGGAAAACCAAGAUCAAUGGGGUCCCCAAGACUAGGAAUAGCCAGUUUAGCCAAAACAUCAGAAUACAAGCCACCGAACUCUCCUUCCCAAAGGUGUAAAGUUUAUACACAGAAAUGUGUCUUACCUAGUUCAGCACCCCCUCAAAAUAAAGAUGCAGGAUCACUUUUAGAAUCUGUCCCACAACCAGAAAUUCGAACUCCUCCAGUAGGAAUGAGUCCACAAAUGAAGAGAUCCCUGUCUAAUUCAAGUAGCUUUUCUGCAGAAUGUACACUCACUGAUCAACAGACAUCUGGUUCUGAAGAUUCCAAAAAGGAAGUCAUAAGUACAACCAUGGUCACCGUACAACAGCCUCUGGAGCUCAAUGGAGAGGAUGAGUUAGUUUUUACGUUAGUCGAAGAAUUAACAAUUAGCGGAGUCCUGGAUAAUGGCCGCCCUACUAGUAUUAUCAGCUUUAAUAGUGAUUGUUCAGUGCAGGCUUUGGCUUCUGGGUCAAGACCUGUAAGUAUUAUAAGUAGCAUAAGUGAGGACCUGGAUUGCUAUUCUAAUUCUGCCCCAGUUUCUGAAGUCAGUAUCACACAGUUCUUAGCCCUUCCUAAGCCUGGAACAGAUGAGAAAUGUCAGGAAGGUAGUAGCAGACGGUCUUCCAUCAGUUCCUGGUUAAGUGAAAUGAGCACAGGUAGUGAUGGGGAACAGUCAUGCCACAGUUUUAUUGCUCAAGCAUGUUAUGGUCAUGGAGAAGCAAUGGCUGACCCUCCUAUUUCAGAAUUUACAAGUACUUUGCAGAAUAUCAGUGUGAUGUGUACAAACAACCGACAGAAGCCAGGAGUGGACAAUGUGCUCAUUCAGUCUGAAAUGGCAGAACCAGUACAAAAUAAUGUAUUCCCUAUAAAGAACUGCAACAUUUCUGCAGUAGGAAAAACUACACUUACUAUAUCAAACACCUCAACUCUUGGUAGCUGUGAAAGCUAUGUUCCUAUGAAAACAAACAUCACGGUUUACCCCUGCAUUGCAGUGAGUCCCUUUAAAACUCAAGAGACUGAUGAGUCCCUGCAAGUAUUAAAUCUGCCUGACAAGUCCUCCUACUCUGUGGAAAACAAUGAUGUUGAUUGUAAAAUGAAAGCGGUAUUUGAUGAUCCAUGGCUAAAACGUGAAGAUGGUAUCAAGAGGAAAAACAGUAAUUCAACGGAUGUAGGACAAAUGCCUGAAGCUGCUAAUUGUGUAACUGACCAUGAUGUACACAGAAAACAAAAUACCACAGACAGAUUAAGCAGCAGCAGUGGUGAAGCAGUUCUCUCACCAAUCUCUGAGAACCUUAAAAGAAUAGUAGAUGGAUGUGAAAUGGCAUUUACCACACAGGGUCUCACCCAUGUAACUGAGUAUUCACUAACAGGAAGCCUCCCUAGAGGUUUAGAAAGAUUAUAUAAGCUGGAGGAACAGGAUAUUAUGAUUAAUGAUUGUGAGAUCCAUUCUGUCCCUUCAAUGCAAACAUCUAGAUCUACUUUAGAGAGAAGAGUUUCUUCUCCUAAACAUUGUGUUCUCACUCGUCCCAAAGGAAUACCACCCCUGCCUCCAGUGAGGAAGUCAAGCCUAGAUCACCGGAAUAGAGCAAGUCCCCAGCAUGCUGCAAACAGCCCUUCAAAGCAAUCUCUCUCUUCCCUUCCUAGUCUUCCAGAUGAACUUAGUGGGAAAUUGUCAGGAUUUAGCAUGGGCACCAGAAGCAACAGUAGUAGCAAGCUAUUUAGUGCCAAACUUGAGCAGUUGGCUAGUAGAGCAAACUCUUUAGGGACAUCCAGUGGAAGUCAUUAUGAGUGUCUAUCUUUAGAAAGAGCUGGAAGCCUUUCAUCAGUCAGUUCCAGGAUGGUCUUUAGUAAAGACAGCACAUUGCCAAGAUCUGGGAGAAGUUUAAAUCGAAAUGUCAUGUCAUCUCCAACUAACACUUCACAGUCUGCUGGUACUUCACCUAAAUGUAGCCCUUCAAAAAUAUCAGCAGUAAGCAAACUACUACUUGCUAGUCCUAAAGCUCGUAGCCUUUCAGCAUCUGCAACCAAAACACUCAGCUUCUCAACCAAGUCACUCCCUCAGUCUGUAGGAAGAAGUUCAAGUCUACCUCCAAAUGGUAAAAACAUGUCUUGGUCUACACAAUCUCUUAGCAGAAACAGAAGCUCAGGGCUUGCUUCCAAGCUGCCUCUUAGAGCUGUUAAUGGCAGGAUCUCAGAGCUACUCCAGGGAAGCACAGGUGGUCGAAGUGUGCAUUCACGAGGAAAUUCAGACUCAGAUGAACGUAUAACUCACCAUGCAGAGAAGCCCAUUGUACACACACUGCCUUCUCCAUACAGCAAAAUAACUCCCCCACGAAAACCUCAUCGCUGCAGCAGUGGUCAUGGCAGUGAUAACAGCAGUGUGCUUAGUGGUGAGUUACCACCUGCAAUGGGCAAAACAGCCCUGUUUUACCAUAGUGGAGGCAGCAGCGGUUAUGAAAGCAUGAUGAGGGACAGUGAAGCCACAGGAAGUGGUUCCUCUGCGCAAGACUCCAUGAGUGAAAACAGCAGUUCUAUCAGUGGAAGAUGCCGGAGCCUCAAGUCCUCAAAAAAACGGUCUAAUACAGGAUCUCAGAGGCGUCGGCUUAUUCCAGCAUUGUCACUUGAUGCCACCUCUCCGGUUAGAAAGCCAGCCAACAGCCCUGGAGUUCGCUGGGUAGAUGGACCUCUCUGUAAUGGUCAACGAGGCCUAGGAGAACCAUUUGAAAUAAAGGUGUACGAGAUAGAUGAUGUGGAGCGGCUCCAGCGGCGCCGUGGUGAAGACUGCAAGACGGUCGCACGAUUUAGUUCAAAGCUCAAGAUCUUAGAACACCGCCAACAGAGAAUCGCAGAGGUCAAGGCCAAAUACGAAUGGCUUAUGAAGGAACUGGAGAACACCAAACAAUACCUGAUGCUGGAUCCAAAUAAGUGGCUCAGUGAAUUUGAUUUGGAACAAACUUACGAAGUGGACUCCAUAGAAUAUUUAGAGGCACUGGAAUGUGUGACAGACCGUUUGGAAAACAGAGUCAACUUCUGCAAGGCUCAUCUCAUGAUGAUCACCUGUUUUGAUAUUACUUCAAGGCGCCGGUAAAACUGGAUAGUCAAGCUGAAGAUGAAAAGAAAAAAAAAUUGCAUUGAAACAAACGUGUCCCAUAAUUAUUUUCUCUCCAUGAAAACACCCAAAGACUUUGGAUUAAAGACUUCAGGUGGACAAGGUUAUGUUGAAAUUUGACGGAGAAUGUGUUAAGAGGGUUCAAGAAGGAGUUUUGGUAAGACUGAGCACAUUCGCAAACAUUUUUUUUAAAUUAAAAAAAGCUAAGGACAAGUAGAACUUUGAAGAGAGCACUUUGAGAAACUUUAAAGGUUAAUUUUUGUAUAUAAGGACUGGUAGCAGAACUGAACUUUUCCUCUGAGCAGUGGAGUAUGAAGAAAGACGGACUACAGCCUUCAGAAGUACUGUACAAAGGAGAAGAAUCCAGUGAGACUAAGUGCCUUUUAAAUCUUUAAUAUCCAAACAUUUAUGUUCAUAUUUUCUUGUGUACAGAUGGUGCUAGUCACAGAAAAAAAAAAAUCUGAAAAAAAUCAUUUUUUAGGUGUAUUUGCAGCUUGUUCUCCCCAUUGUGUAACUCCGACUUGCUGUUUUAAGUACUUGUGUUUGUUGCAAUGUUUUCUGAUCAGUAUAGCUUAUGACUAUGCGUGAACUGUCUGUUAAACAUGUGGACACUCAAUGCAAAGGAUUCACAUGGUUAAUGCCUGGUAAAGCUUUGUGUCACAGUUACGGAUGAUAUACAGCUUGUAUAUGCAUGUUUAGGUAUACAGUAUUAAAUGUAUGAUGAGCACAGCUCUAUACAGU